AUGUCCGCUGAUGAGGUGCAGGUCAAGUGCGGCGAGGAAAAGCCGGAAUGCUUGAACUGUCAGAGAAAUGGCAGCUCUGAGGCGUGCGAUUACAGCAUCAGGUUGAAUUGGGGUGGACGGAGCAAGAAAGACAAUGAUGGAGCACUGGGCGAGGCAGGCGGCUUCACAUUUGUCUCUACACCGGGUAUCUCGACUGGACACAAAGGCGCCCGGUCUGUCCACGAGCAUGCCGAAAUCUACCACAUAGCCUUCGAAUCCGAUGGCUACUACGCACAGCCGGUAGCCAUCAGGCUUCCGCGAUCCCUCGAGCCACUUCCGCGAGAGCUUUCGGGAAGCCCGAUGAACCUUCUAUACUUCCACCAUUUCAUGAACCACACCGGACGGAAUACCACCUUGCUCCAUCUGCUGCUUACGCUCUCAGCAUCUCAUCGGGCGAAGCUACUGGGUCAUCCCGAGCCUUCGAAUCGAAUUGCGGAGUGGCUCGCCGAUGUCCUUCCCGCGCUGAGGCGAGCUCUCGACGCGCCGACUUCUCCGGCAGUCGUAGAUCCGACCGACCCAUCCUCCCUCGCGCCCCUCGCGACUGCCAUUGCCCUAGCCUCGCUGGAGAUCCUUACACCGAACACGUAUUCUGUUCGAAUUCCGUGGCAGCAGCACCUACAAAUCGCACGUCAAAUCAUCGUUGCCAAAGGUGGUCUCCAUCACUUGGCCCACAAAGCAGACGGAGCUCGGGACAAGGCAAUCUUCUUCCUCUCCCGCUGGUUCGCAUACCUCGAUGUGCUCGGCAGCCUGUCGAACAGCAAAGAGCAGCCGCUCUCUGGUGCGUACCUAGAAGACGGCGGCGGUCUGUGGCUGGUCAACCGUGACAACGAAGAGAUCUACCAGAUCGACUGUUUCUUUGGCUUCUCUGGUCGUUGCAUUGCUCUUCUCGCUCAAGUGGCGGAGCUGGCUGCAGAAUGCGAGCGCCAACGCAUUGAUGCCGCGACGAAUCAAAUUCGAGCCAACUGGCAGCCCUCUGCGGAAGUCCGACAGCAGGCGGAAGAAUUGAAGCUGCGCCUGGACGCGAGUGCCAACACGGUCUUCCGAAGUUGCAUGCAUACCGAUGCCAGUAGUCCAGAGUCUUUCACAGAGCGUGACGAGAAUGACGCCGAGGAGAUUUUCGCCACCAACGAGGCUUAUCACUGGGCUGGCCUCAUUCAUCUCUCGCGCCGUGUGCUGGCACUGCCGUCCUCUCACCCGGACGUGCAGGAGUCUGUGGAGAAGAUCAUCGAAUGCUUGCGGAAGGUGCGCCACGGUAGCACGGCGGAGUCUUGUCUGUUGUUUCCAAUGUUCUCCGCAGGAUGCGAAGCUCAGACGGAAGAGAAGCGGGCAAUUUUCAUGGAACGGCUGAGAACGGUGGAGCGCUGGGGCAUGUCGCAUGUCGGUCGUGCUCGGCUACUGAUGCAAACUGUCUGGGACACCGGCUCGCCUUGGGAAACCCUGGUGGACGGUGAGUUCCUAGCAUAA